AUGCGAUUAGUUGGGGUUAAGAAUUGUCCACGGAAUUUUAAGCACAUUACACGACUAUUAGAAAACAAGUCCAUUCGAAAAACAACAAGUACAUGCUCCACCCUUGUUUUACGUCCAAAUUGCUCUACUGUUUGUUCAACAAAGACAAAAUGUGAUAAUACGAAAUGUGAUCGAAAACAAGAAUUCGACGAAGCUCCCCCAACAUUUAUAAAAUUUCUCUUAAAACAACAAAUAUCCGAUAUACUUGUACGUGAACAAUUUGUUGAAUUUCCAACAUUAACAACGAUAACUGGAAACAUAAUGACGGACAUCAAACAUGGCUCAAACUAUCAAGAAAUCGUUACAGAACAAAAUGGUAAACCAUUCUUAUCAUUAUUGUUAAACUAUGAUGGUAUAUCAAUGUCAAACAGUUCGGGUACAUCGGUAUGGAUAUUCUCCAUGGCUAUUAAUGAAAUUAAACGAGCAAGACGAUAUAAAAUAGAGAAUAUUAUUACUGGAGGAAUUUGGCCUGGCCCAAAUAAGCCAAAAAAAAAACAAAUGGAAACGAUUGUUUUGUUAUUAAUUGAAGAUCUUUGUGAACUGGAACAAGGCAUGAACUAUUUCGUCUGGGCUAAUGAUGGAAGACAAAUGGAACUAAAAUGUUUUGUUAUUGCUGGUUGUUGUGAUAAACCAGCACAAAGUCUAUUACAAAAUUUGAAUGAACAUAACGGGUUUUUUGGGUGCGGUAAUUGUUCAAUAAGAGUGAAAUGGACAGCAAAUGGAAAUGGAACUGUACGUAUAUAUCCGCUUCCACCAGCAAAUAAACCACAACCGACCGUUAGAACAAACACAACAUAUGAUAAAUGUAUGUUAGCUAUUGAAGAACAAGAACAAAGAAAAAACCAUAUCAAAAGUAAAAAACAACAAGAAGCUGAGCUUAAUCAACGGGAAGGGUGGCUAGGACCAUGCCAUUUUCGAAAUUUAAAAUAUUUCGAUGUUGGAAUGAGCAGAGGCGGUGGAGCGUCAUGA